AUGAGAGAUGGGUUGCAAAAUCUUGUUGGGAAGUUCAAUUCAGAUUUUGGAUUUCUAAGUCAAGAGUACUUUGAGUUAACAGAAGUGACGCUUGACGAAUUUUGGAUCCUAAAAUUCAAAUUCUCAUUUGAUUUUAAUGUUAUAGAGAUCAUGGAUGACAUGGGGGGACCAUUUUCUAGAAUUUUGAAUCUGAGAGACUUUUCCGAGAUGGUGCAUAAUACUGAGAAAGUCGAAGCCUUAAAGAUAAAGAUGUUUCAGAAAGCUUAUAUUGAGGUAGAUGAGGAGGGGACAAAGAUUGCAGCUAUUACUCAUCUCCACUUUGUUAACUAUUGUGCAGCGUAUCGGCCAAAAAAUAAGAGAUACAAUUUCGUUGCUGAUCAUCCUUUCGUAUUCAUGAUUAGGGAAGAGGGAUCGGCUGAUCAAGUUGCAGAUGAAAUUAACUCAUGGGCUAAUAUUACAUCAAGAGAUCUUAUCAAAGAGAUUCUCCAACAUGGGUCCAUAGAUCCCAAGAUAGUACUCAUCCGUGCAAAUGGACUCUACUUUAAAGGAUUUUGGGACUCUGACUAUAAAUUUGAUGCAAGAAGGACUAAAAAAAGAAAAUUCUGUCUUCUCGAUGGGAGCAUUGUUUCAGUUCCAUUCAUGGCUAGCAGUAAAGACUAUUAUUACGGAUCGUUUGAUGGUUUAAGGUCCUUAAAAUUCCAUAUCAGAGUUGCCUACCCAACAAUUUUUCCAUGUACUUUUUUCUCCCGGAUGAGCGAGAUUGGGUUGCAAAAUCUUGUUGGGAAGCUCAAUUUGGAUUCUGGGUUUCUAUGUCAAGAGUACUUCAAAUUAAUAGAAGAGACACUUGAUGAAUUUUGGAUCCCGAAAUUCAAAUUCUCGUUCAAUUUUAAUGUUUUAGAGGUCAUGAAUUCGGACAUGGGGGUACCGUUUUCUAGAAUUUUGAAUCUGAGAGACUUGUCCGGGAUGAUACAUAAUACUAAGAAAGUCGAAGCCUUAAUCUUAAAGAUGUUUCAAAAAGCUUAUAUUGAGGUAGAUGAGAAGGGCACAGGGGCUGCAGCUAUUACUCAUCUCCACUUUGUUGCAUAUUGUGCAACGUCUCGGCCAGAAAAUAAGAGAUACAAUUUCGUUGUUGAUCAUCCUUUCGUAUUCAUGAUUAGGGAAGAGAGAUCGGAUUGUUUUUGUGUUGAGGAACAAUUGGAAUUUGAUUGUUUUAAGUUCAAACUGCACUCCAGUGGCACCACUAGCACUGCGUUUGCCUUUGCCAGCACAAUUGCCUGCGUGACAAUUAGGGAGUUCAGCUGCAUGAGGAUUGAAGAGCAAAAAUCGACAUGA